UACCGCUUUCCGGAAGUGACGCGUCAGAACCUCUCAGACCUGCUCUUCUUCCAAGAUGGCCUGGGAAUGUCGAGCUAUCGAUGGAACACCGGGAAAGGAUGUUUCAAUGCAUCGAACCCCGCCAGCACUUCGCAGACCUUCCACGUUACUCGGGGGGUACAAGUGUCCGCGGACGUGCAGAGCUUGUAUUGCUUGACGGAGCAGCGAAGUAGGGUCCGUUGGGCCCGACUAUAUCCGCGGAAUAAUACACCUGCGCCAUUAACAUCGGGUGGUACGAGCUAUGAUAAUCAGUUUGUUACUAUGUAA